GACGUCAUCAAACGGACGCCACAAAUUUGAACACGUUUUUAUGUUGAUCUGUACAGUGACAACAACAGAUUAACUCCAUAUCACACGAUUUUGUUUGCGUAACAAUUAUAAGAUUAAAGUUUGAGUAAAACGAGUUGAGCAAUUAGUUGUAUUUUAACGUGUGAUACCUUGCGAUGAGAAUCAUGAAGAGACCUAACAUUCUUCUCACAGGAACCCCUGGAGUGGGAAAGACGACUUUAGGGAAAGAGCUGGCUCAGAGAACGGGACUAACCUAUGUCAAUGUGGGUGAUUUGGCACAGGAAGCUGAAUUGUUUGAUGGUUUUGAUGAAGAAUACCAGUGCCCUAUAUUGGACGAGGACAGGGUUGUGGAUGAGCUGGAGGACCAAAUGGGAGAUGGAGGUGUAAUUAUUGAUUACCAUGGCUGUGAUUUCUUUCCUGAACGCUGGUUUCACAUUGUUUUUGUCCUCCGCACUGACAACACCAAUCUCUACAAUCGUCUCGAAAGCAGAGGGUACACAGGAAAGAAACUCCAGGAUAAUGUGCAGUGCGAGAUUUUCCAGACUAUAUUUGAGGAAGCCGUGGAAGCCUACAAGGAGGAAAUUGUGCACCAGCUUCCCAGUAACACUCCUGAGGACCUGGAGAGGAAUCUAGAACAAAUUGUUCAGUGGAUUGAACAAUGGAUGAAAGACAACAAUUGACAUGGCUCAUUAUACGUGAAAGGCUCAAACAUGUUUGAGUUUGUGUCAAAGAAAGCAUAUAUCACAUUUCAUAGAUAAAGUACUCCAGAUUGACUAUGGUUCAUUAUUAUUGCGCUAAAGACAAAAAAGUGUGAUACCAUUAACAGUUACUCGGUCAGUUAAACACUUUCAUCCUGAAUUGGAUAAAUAAAUAUUUUUAUAUUAUAUUUAAGGGUCUCUGUGUAUAUAUUUAAUACUUCAGAAAGGAUGGUGGAUUGCAACUUCAAAAUUGAGAAGCUAAAAGUUUGAUCCCACAUGAAGAAACCACGAUUUAAAUAGCUAUAAAAAAUAUUACAAAACAUUAUCCAAUGAAAAUUGUUAAAAUUAUUAAAAAAUUUUUAAA